UGUGAGUGAACGCCUCCCUCUCGUGCGCUGCGCGGAUGCUCAAAACAAAAGCAGACGCAAAGCCCCUGGAAUUAAUCCAACACAAAUGCAAAGCAACAUUCAGUAUCUCUUGAGCAUUCAGAUGAAGCUGUACACCCGGCCACGCGUGUGUUUUUGUUGCGGUGCGAGUGUUUUCAGUGGGUAUGAGGUGGCAUUGAGCGGAUACGGGGCUCUUUGUAAAUGAAUAAGAGAUGAACGCGGCUGGAUCCAGGCUGGACGCAGACCGACACUGCGCAGUAAACAUCAUCUGGGCUGGGUUCUGAGAGGUUCGGUCGGGCUGAGACGGAUGGUUUAGGAGGAAGAGGAGGAGGAAGAAGUGCGCUGGACCCUCACAGAGGCCCUCAGCUGCGCACAUCAGCUUGUUCCGAGCAUCCCCGUGUGUUUAUUUGAGCUCUCAAUUCAUCAUAACCUUUGUUUGACGGGAUCACUCGUCCUGCCUUUCUGUUCGCUGGUACCUGCCCCAUUGACCAAAACCCAGCGUGGAAUCCCACACUGUCUCAACCAAUCUCCUGGACCUGAAGGCAAAGCGAAGAUCAGAUUCCUUACAUCCCAAGUCCAAUUUUUAUUCCAAUCUUGGCUACUACAAAUGGACAGGAACAAUCCAGCCUGCAUUUAACGGAAGGAAGCAGUAAUGUCCAUAACAGAUGAUUUGGACAGAGACUGUUAUGAUACUGAGAAAGUUUUUAUAUUCAGUUAAUUUUUGUCUUGCAAUGCUUUAGUCCCUCUGAGACUCUGAAUAUGGACCUUUGAGAGUCCUGACUGGUAUCCGACAGCCUUUGAGUUGGGUUUUCUUUUCUGGAUUGGAUGCUUAUUUGAUACCUCAAUGGCAUAAACGCAAGGCUGUUGGGUAUUUCAGAAGUGGGUUAUAUAAUCGUCUGUUUAGUUGCCAAACCCCAAUUCCGGAGAACUUGGAAAAGGAGAAAACCUCAUCAACUAGUGCUAUGACACUGCCACUUCCAGUGAACUUAAGGAAGGAGAAACCUUCCGCCGACUAGGGCUUGUUGGCGCUUAUUGGUCCUGAACCCAAAUCCCAACCCCUUUCCCCCCUUUUUUUGGCCGUUUGGCACCUAUUUCUUACCUCCAUCCCCUCCACCCAAGUCACCAUGGCCACCGGUACUACCACCACAGCCCGUGAACAUCUCCUGGUGGUGCGGAGGCGCAGCCCGCACAUGCGCUACACGCUGAGCCCAGAAAACCUCCGCAGCCUUUCAGCGCGGGGUGGCUCUGGAAAUGGGGGGAGCUCUAGAGGAGGAGCUCCCGAAUCGAUGGGCCUGCAGCGGGCCAACAGUGACACGGACUUGGUGACAUCAGAUAGCCGUUCCUCCUUAACGGCCUCUACGUACCAGUUCACGCUUGGGCGAGGGCAAAACCUGGUCAUCUCUUGGGACAUCAAGGAGGAGGUGGAUGCCACUGACUGGAUUGGACUGUACCACAUUGAUGAGACGUGUCCCGCGAACGUUUGGGAUUCGAAGAACCGAGGGGUGAACGGCACUCAGAGAGGGCAGAUCUUCUGGAGGCUGGAGGCCGGACCGUACUUCAUGGAGCCUGAGACCAAAAUCUGUUUCAAAUAUUACCAUGGAGUGAGUGGAGCAUUGAGGGCCAUAACACCCUGCAUCACUGUCAAGAACCCUGGAGUUACAGUCGGGGCAGAGGGGCAGGUGGAUGGUCAGUCGGUCACCGAACACUGCAGGAAAUUGGUCAGCUUUACUCUGUCAGAUAUCAGGGCUCAGGGUCUGAAGAAGGGCAUGUUUUUUAAUCCGGACCCCUAUCUGAAGAUGAGCAUUCAGCCAGGCAAGAGGAACGGCUUCCCUACAUUCACUCACCACGGCCAGGAGAGACGAACCUCCAUCAUAUCCAACACCACUAACCCUGUGUGGCACGGAGAGAAGUACACUUUUGUUGCUCUGAUGACGGACAUUUUGGAAAUUGAGGUCAAGGACAAAUUUGCAAAAAGUCGCCCGAUCAUCAAACGCUUUUUAGGUCAGCUGACAAUGCCAGUGCAGAGACUGCUGGAGAGACAUACAGCCGGGGAUCAACAUGUGAGCUACACGCUUUGUCGUCGUCUGCCGACAGAACAAGUGAGUGGACAGCUUCACUUCAGGGUGGAGAUCACGUCCAACGGACAUGAAGAUGCCAUGGGAUCUCUGUUGGGAGCCACCUCUAUGAAUGGAGAUCCAGGGAGCCCAUCAGACGACGAGGAUGUUUUGCAUCCUUCAUCCCGCAUGGCCAGGGGUCCCUCGCCCACCGGCUCUGAAGGGUCCCUUCACGGUGACACCUUUAGGACUGAUGAGUGCAUGAUGGACCCUGAUGAGGAUCGGCUCUUGAGAGACGGAGCCCCAGACUUGGCUGAAGGAACCCCGGGCCACACUCAUCGUCAGGCCUCUCUUAACGACUAUCUGGAUGCUAUUGAGGCCCCUAAGGGCCCCGGAGACAGACCUCUUGGGGCUGCCUCACCUAAACUACGCUCCAGUUUCCCCACCGACACACGGCUCAAUGCUAUGUUACAUAUAGACUCUGAUGAAGACGAGGAGGGACACGCCUCCCGGGAUCCGGCAUUGACCAAUGGCGCUCCACGGCCUGAGGGGCACACCUCCUCUGAACAGGACAAAGGGGAGGGUCCUGUCAAAGAGAGGCUUGAGUCGGAAGCGGCCAGCAGUGCCACAGAUACGGAGGCCACGGCAUCGGGGUCAAGCAGUGGCACCACAAAGAGCCAAAAUGGAGGUGCAGAGGACAGUCAGGAAGGAGCUGCUGCCUCUGGAGACUCGACACAGAGCACCGGCAGCUCUCAGCGGCCAGCUCCCAAAAUACAGGAUGAGGAAGGAGUUGCACCCAAGGCGGUCACUGGGGAUGAAGGGUCAUCAGAGGCCGCUACAGUCACAGAGUCCUCAGCAUCUGCCAGUAAUGCAGGUAGUGAAGGGGGCGGAGCCACAGCAGCUAAGCAGCCGGAGCAGGGGAACACCAGCGAGACGGCCAAUGAGGAGGAGGAAGAUGCCGGAAUCUGGCAGAGGAGGCGGAGUCUGCAAGCAUCAGGGAACGCAUCACAGUCUGAAGGGGUGGAAUUAUCCAAUGAAGUGAGAAGGGCAGCUGACGCAGCACAGGCUGCCACAGUAACAGAUGGAGAGACAGGAGCCAGUGCUCAAGUGAACGGCCAUCAGCCGAUGCAGUCUCUUCCUUCAGUCCGUCACGACAUCAGCCGCUAUCAGAGAGUAGACGAGCCUCUUCCACCAAACUGGGAAGCUCGUAUAGACAGUCACGGCAGGAUUUUCUAUGUGGAUCAUGUGAACAGAACCACCACCUGGCAGCGGCCCACUGCUCCAGCUGCACCUCAGGUCCUACAGAGAUCCAACUCCAUUCAGCAGAUGGAGCAGCUCAACCGAAGGUAUCAGAGUAUUCGGAGGACAAUAACCAAUGAGAGGACAGACGAACAGGCUGCAGAGAUGCCUACAGACGAAAACGACCUGCUGCAUCCCUCCAUACCUGAGUACCGUCGGGACGGCGUGGUUGGGCCCGCUAGCUCUCGCUCGCGCUUGUCUCUGCUGCUUCAGUCCCCCAGCGCCAAGUUUCUCACCAGCCCGGAUUUCUUCACCGUACUGCAUUCCAACCCUAGUGCCUACCGCAUGUUUACAAGUAACACGUGUCUAAAACACAUGAUCAGUAAAGUGCGACGGGACUCGCACCACUUUGAGCGCUACCAGCACAAUCGAGACCUGGUUGCCUUCCUCAACAUGUUUGCCAACAAACAGCUGGAUCUCCCGCGGGGCUGGGAAAUGAAACACGACCACACUGGAAAACCUUUCUUCGUGGACCAUAACUGCAGGGCGACCACCUUCACAGACCCACGACUGCCACUGCAGAGCCCUCGACCCAGCAGCCUCCUCGCCCACCGCCAGCACCUCAGCCGCCAACGCAGCCACAGCGCAGGGGAGGUGAGCACACGACGCCUGGUGGGCGAUGACCCUCGGCAUGCUGGACCCGCUGUACUGCCACGCCCCUCAAACACCUUCACAGCCAAUCGCAACCAGUGUCAAGAUUUAGUUCCUGUUGCCUAUAAUGAGAAAAUCGUGGCAUUUUUGCGGCAGCCGAACAUAUUUGAGAUCCUUCAGGAAAGGCAGCCUGAGCUCAUUAGGAAUCACUCACUCAGGGAGAAGGUGCAGUUUAUUCGUAAUGAAGGAGCGUCGGGUUUAGCUCGCCUCUCCAGCGACGCGGACUUGGUGAUUUUGCUCAGCUUGUUUGAAGAGGAAGUGAUGUCGUAUGUGCCACCUCAUGCCUUACUGCACCCCAGCUACUGUCAGUCACCUCGAGGGUCUCCGGUCCCCUCCCCUCAGAACUCUCCUGGUACACAGCGAGCCAACGCACGGGCACCUGCACCGUACAAACGGGACUUUGAAGCCAAACUUCGGAAUUUCUAUCGCAAACUGGAGACUAAAGGCUACGGACAGGGUCCAGGCAAAGUCAAGUUGAUAAUCCGCAGGGAUCAUCUACUGGAGGACGCCUUCAAUCAGAUCAUGUGCUACUCUCGCAAAGAUCUACAGAGGAGUAAACUCUACGUCAGCUUUGUUGGAGAAGAGGGACUGGACUACAGUGGCCCGUCCCGAGAGUUUUUCUUUCUGGUGUCACGGGAGCUUUUUAACCCAUACUACGGCCUGUUUGAGUAUUCAGCCAAUGACACCUACACCGUCCAGAUCAGCCCCAUGUCUGCCUUCGUCGACAACCACCAUGAGUGGUUUCGGUUUAGUGGUCGUAUUCUGGGUCUCGCUCUUAUCCAUCAAUACCUGCUGGAUGCCUUCUUCACACGACCCUUCUACAAAGGCCUACUGCGAAUGUGA